GCCUAUGCUGAAAAAGAAGAAGACUACUGGGACUCUGUACUCUGGAGUGAUGAGACCAAGAUAAAUGUUUUUGGAACUGAUGACUUCAAAACUGUAUGGCAUUGCAAAGGUGAGGAGUACAAAGAAAAAUACAUGGUGCCUACAGUGAAACAUGGUGUUAGCAGUGUCCUUCUGUGAGGCUGCAUGAGUGCUGCUGUUUUUGGAGAUGGUAUCAUGGUAUCAUAAAUUCUCAGAUGUACUGCUCUAUAUUGAAAGAGAAGUUUUCCAAUAUGACAAUAAUCCAAAACACACAUCUAAGGCCUUUGUUGCAUUUCUGA